GGGAUUUCAAUAAUGUAGACUUUAUCAUGUAUACCAUAUAAGGCAUCUUGCCAAAACAACCAUCAGGCAGCGAAGUUAUUGAUGUAUGCAUUUGAGUUCAUAACAAUUCUGGCUCGAUCAAUGACAUUUACAAUAAAAGAAACGAGGGCAUUAUUUUACAAUCAUUAUUCACAGCAAACAUUCAAUCAUGUACAUGUACGUUGGCGUUUUUGUGCUGUUCAUAGUAUUCCUCGGAGACAUUGCUGCCAGUGAGGAAAGCUGUCUUGAUGAAGCCAAUACUCCCACGGAUGCCUCGUUACAGGCAAAAAUUAGUGGAGGUUAUGAGCUAUGGAAGUGUGUUAACUCGGCCAGAGAUGCGUACUAUACAUGCUCGACCAACUCUUGGUAUCCAGAAAAGUUGCAAUGUGGACCAAAACCAGCGUUUAAGGAAAGCUGUCUGACUGCACACAACACAUUUCGAAACAUGCAUAAAGAUACACCUGCUCUAACGUACAAUGAUGACCUCGCAAAGUCGGCACAACAGUGGGCGGAUCAUUCGGCUCUAAUCGGGGAGCUUCAAAAUAGCGUUCACGACGCUACAUAUGGAGAGAACUUAUACUCGACGAGCCUUUCUAAAUAUGAUCCAUGCAGCUCGGCUGUCAAUACGUGGUAUGCAGAAAGAGAUAACUAUUCUUAUUAUACGACUGAAUCAAAAAAUCAUGGACAAAUAAGGGACUUCACGCAGGUUGUUUGGAGAGAUUCCAGAGAGUUUGGAUGUGGACUGAGUGAAUCGACUGAUGGUACAUAUGUUGUGUGCAGAUAUUCACCCCAAGGAAACUUUGUAUUUAUGAAUCUUAAUGAAACUCCCAAUGAGGCACGACGAAGGGUUUAUGGAGCGAAUGUGUUACCACUAAAGUCACGCUAA